AAAAUCAGAAAAAAAAAAAGUACAUGUACAAAAAGAAUGACUUAAGAAAAUCAAACGGUAACAAUGUAAGCAAGCGAGAAUAACAAUGAGGGAGAGAGAGGCAGUGAGUUCAAGUACGAAACAGUCUCUGGAAGUCGAAGUCCAAAGGUAAUGUUACGGUUAGCUUCAAAUCUUGUACGGAGAACCCCAUCUUCAUACCCUGCACCUUCGUCUUCUUCUUCUUCUCUUUCUUCCUUCUUCGACUUGUUCAGUCUCCCUGCAACAUUUUCCUCUCUCCGAAGAAACACUUCCUCUUCGGAACUUGUUCUUCAGCAGCAACAGCAUCAAAACCCAAACCAACCGCCAUUAUCGCGGGUGCUUCGGCUCUAUUCGUCGGCUUCUGGUUCGAGACCUAGCCUCUCUAUAUGGAGGAGGAAGAAGGAGAUAGGCAAAGAGGGCUUGAUCGUUGCCAAGGAGCUCAAAAGGCUUCGCUCCAACCCUCUCCGCCUUGACCGCUUCAUUCGCUCCCAUGUCUCCCGUUUGCUCAAGUCCGAUCUCGUCGCUGUUCUCGCUGAGUUCCAGAGGCAGGACCAGGUCUUCCUCUCUAUGAAGAUAUAUGAUGUGGUGCGUAAAGAAAUUUGGUACAAGCCCGACAUGUUCUUUUAUAGGGAUAUGCUUAUGAUGCUUGCAAGAAACAAAAAGGUAGAUGAAUCAAAGCAGGUUUGGGAAGAUUUAAAGAGAGAGGGAGUUCUGUUUGAUCAGCAUACUUUUGGGGACAUUAUCAGAGCUUACUUAGAUAGUGGAUUGCCUUCAGAAGCAAUGGAAAUAUACGAUGAAAUGAGACGAUCUCCUGAUCCUCCAAUCUCUCUACCUUUCCGAGUCAUAUUGAAGGGGCUCCUUCCAUACCCUGAACUACGAGAGAAGGUCAAAGAUGAGUUCUUGGAGUUGUUUCCUGGUAUGAUUGUUUACGAUCCUCCUGAGGACUUGUUUGAAGAUCAAGAAUGGAGGAGAGAUAGUGAAGAUGAUUAGACAAGGCUGCUUAUUUACAGAAUUUUCGGAAUGAGAGACGUUAGUCUGUCAUAAGGAAGACCACCGUUGGAGGUGAAACUUGAAAGUAGUUGUUUUCUUUACUCAUCGCAAUCUUGUAGAGGUCACCGCGAGUUGAUCAAUUUGUGAAUCUUCCUUUCUAAUUUAUGCAUUUCAUGAGAGUAAAGAUCUUUGUUCUUGUCUCUCAAAAGCAUUUUUUGGCGCUUAUGCUGCAUUUUGAAAUGACAUGCUUGAAACUAGAUAACUGAAUCAAAAUAUGCAAUACUGGUUGUAACUUUUCCUUUUUUCUAUUUAUGAUAGUGAAUUUUACUCUUA